AUGUACGGCAAUGGAAAAAGACGAACAUUAUAUAUAAUCCGCGUUUCUUUGUUAACACUUGAUUUUGUAAGAACAAAAGAUGUUUCAUUAAAUUCAUUUCCACAAAAGAGUCUUUCAACAAUCUCCAAUAAACCAAACAUCCAUCGAGCCAUUCGCAGUUCACCAUACGUUGAAUCAUCAUAUUCUAAUAGAAAUAAAAUAGAAAUAAAUUCCACUGAUAAAGAUUUCAGUAAACAAGCAAGUAUCCAUUCUAAUGAUCAACCGGAUUCAUCAUCAAGUAUUGGUAAUCUUACUAUUGAAUUUCGGCCAAGAAAUCAAUUGACAAAUUUACUGUCGUUGGACUUUGUUCAAUCUUCUGCUAGUUUUAUCUAUCCAAAUGUUAGAACUAUUUCAUCUGGUUAUUUUUUUCAACGAAAUAAUCAGAACGAAAAAAAUUCGAUAUAUAUGUAUGCAAAUACAUUGCCAACAAGCAAAACGAUCCCAUUAGUUUUUCUUGGGAGUGAAUACUUUCUACGCAAACCUUUAAAUUUCGAACAUUUAAAAUUUCCACUUUCAACAAAUGAAAAUGUAGAACCACUGAUUGACUUGUUGUUAAGUCGACCGCAAUUCAUCAGAGAAAUUCCAGCAUUAGAUGAUUUAUCAAAUUAUCUUAAUCUAUCAAAAUCGAUAUCAGCUUUAUUAUUUUUUGAUUCAUCAUGGAAUCAAUCGGCACGUCAUCUCUGCUAUGAAUUACGAACGAAAGAAAAUCGAAAUAAAUUUACUUUGAAAGAUCUAUUGUCUAUGUCACAGCGUGAAAAUAAUAUUAUUCAAAUGAAUGCAUUAAAUGAUAGACGAUAUCGCGAAUUUCAAAAUCAAUUAGCAGAUGUUUAUCAAUAUGAAAAUACUUUAUCAUCAAUCGAGCAGAAACAAGCAAAAUUGAGUUUCUCAGAGAAAAUGACGAAGACAACGUCAACUAUUUCACGUUCUUCUAUACAUAAAUAUUCACGUAUGAAAAAACCUAUCCCACAAGUUUAA